UACCAUCCCUAGGAGCUAAAAUACUUAGGUAAAUUCGCCUUUACCUGGACAAAUCUACCUUGUGUUUGCAUUAAAUGGUUUACACUACAGGCAUCGUCGUUGUUCAAAAAAAUGAAUAAAAUAAAAAUACCGCGUCAUCACUAAAUAAUAACAGCGCCCUCUGGGGUCCGGCGAGGACGGUAGCUGAACGCGAAGAUGGAUUCAAUCUUCAGUCCGCCACUUCACAGACAGAGACAUCAGUUUGUCAUAGAUUUUGUCAAGAGGAACAAACCCAAAAAGGUGGUGGACUUGGGCUGCAGUGAGUGCAGCCUUCUUCAAAAACUGAAGUUUCACCGUGAAAUUGAACUGCUGGUUGGAGUGGACAUCGAUGGUGCCAAUAUAAAAAAAAAGAUGCAUGGAUUAGCGCCUAUGUCAACUGACUAUCUGCAGCCAAGUUAUGAUCAGCUGCGCAUUGAGCUGUACCAGGGCUCAGUCACACAAGAAGACGCCCGCCUCAGAGGAUUUGAUCUGGUGACCAGUAUAGAGCUCAUAGAGCACCUCACUCUGGCUGACGUGAAGCGCUUCUCUGAGGUGGUGUUUGGUUACAUGACCCCAGUAGCGGUGAUCGUCAGUACUCCAAACUCUGAGUUCAACCCGCUUUUCCCUCGACCGGCAGGUUUCAGACACAGUGAUCACAAGUUUGAGUGGACCAGAGCAGAGUUCAAGUCCUGGGCUCUGAAGGUGUGUUUGGAGUACGGUUACGAGGUGGAGUUCACUGGUGUUGGACAGGCGCCACCCGGCCAGCAGGAGAGAGUCGGCUUCUGCUCCCAGAUUGGUGUGUUCCACUGGCUCGGGGGGAGACAGGAGUGUAACAUGUUGUUUGGUGAUGAUGCUGAGGAUGUGUUUUCAUACACACUGCUCUAUAGUAUAAACUACCCCAGCCUGCAUGACAACAACAUCUUGCAGAGGGUCCUGGUGAGUGAGGUGUUGUACUGGGCAGAAAAGAUGAAGAGAAACUGGAUUGAGGAGAGGACUGGUGAGAGGGAUGACACUUAUACAUUGUGUCCGGCUGAGGGUGAAGGGGAGGAAUGCCUCAGAGCGUCGGAGCGACACAUGGAGAUGGAAGACAAACAGACAGUAUACCUCACAGCAGCAUGUGGAGCAGAGAUGAAAAAUCCGGGGGAGCAUCAGGAAUCAGAGCUGUUUUGGACAAAUGGCGAAGGACAACAGGAGUCUUGCAAAUUGCGCAGGUGUGUGUCUGUACCUCUGGCUGUGCUUUGGUCCUGCUGCCCCAAACUCAGUGCCCUGAGUGGAAGUCUCAGUAAUCUCAGACAUGUCCUGAUGGAUAACCCCGAAGUUAAACUGAGCCAGGACGGCUCUGCUGUGCUCCUAAAUGACCAGGAACAAGACCUUGAAGAGGAAGAAGAGGAUCAUGAUGAUUUGGAGGACAGCGGGUAUGCAGUAUGCUCCCACGGUGCUGAGCCAGAGGAAGACUGGGAGAAAAAUGUUUGAUCUGGAAGGUGCAGCUUUGUUGUCGGGACAGUAGCUGACUUGAGUGAGCAAACGGUUUUCCUUGGUUACUACUGGACAGUGCAGUUGUAGUAACAGUUCCCAACUGCACUGUAGAAACUAGCUUUUGGAUUUAUUAGAUGGUUUAUUUUGACUGCAUCUUUGGGUUAUAGGUGACAAUAAAGCUCUAAAUGUGAGAAAAAGUU